GCGCCCUAGCAGCCGGUGCCGGGAGCAGCGGGAGGGCGAUGCGGCGGGCUCCGGCCGGCGGCGGCGGGCCGGGGCGGGCAGGAUGCACCAGAAGCUGCUGCGGAGCGCGCAUUACAUCGAGCUGGGCAGCUACCAGUACUGGCCGGUGCUGGUGCCCCGCGGCAUCCGCCUCUACACCUACGAGCAGAUCCCCGUCUUCCUGAAGGACAACCCCUACAUCACCGACGGUUACCGGGCCUACCUUCCCUCUCGGCUCUGCCUCAAGAGCCUUUUCAUCCUCUCCAACGAGACUGUAAACAUCUGGAGCCACCUGCUCGGGUUUGUCCUCUUCUUCACGCUGGGGAUUUACGACCUGACGGCCGUGCUGCCGGCUGCUGGCGCCUCCCGGGAGGACUUUGUCAUCUGCUCAGUCUGUCUCUUCUGCUUCCAGGUCUGCAUGCUCUGCUCCGUGGGCUACCAUCUGUUCUGCUGCCACCGCUCCGAGAAGACCAGCCGGCGCUGGAUGGCCUUGGACUAUGCAGGAAUCUCCAUUGGGAUCCUGGGCUGCUACGUCUCGGGCGUCUUCUACGCCUUCUACUGCAACAACUACUGGCGCCAGGUCUACCUGAUCACUGUGCUGGCCAUGAUCCUGGCAGUGUUCUUUGCUCAGAUCCACCCCAGUUACCUCACACAGCAGUGGCACAGGCUGCGCUCUGUCAUCUUCUGCUCUGUGUCUGGCUAUGGCAUCAUCCCCACCAUCCACUGGGUCUGGCUCAACGGCGGCAUCGGCGCAGCCAUCGUACAGGAGUUUGCUCCCCGGGUAGCUGUCAUGUACUUCAUCGCUGCUGUAGCUUUUCUCUUCUAUAUUUCCAAAGUUCCAGAAAGAUACUUUCCAGAGGCACUGCAAUGAAAUUCCUGCCGUUGAGGGUCUGGACCUUCCCUGGCAAGCUGAACUGUGAAGUGCUGAGGCAGUUCCUUUGCUGACUUCUGGACUGUUUCUGGCAAAAAGCUGCUGCAAAACUGAAGAGCACUGCCUGGGACCUGACAGCCAUUUCCUGUCCUGCAAUCAAGUCCAAAUCAGGCCUUGCUGGGCUAGGAUGCUGGAAAGGUGAACUCUCCAGCUUGGCAUUCAGUGGGGAAUACAAGCAGAAGUGAGCUAACAGGGCUGUGCACUGCUCUGCAGGCCUUGCCAAGCCCACAGUGAAUACUCCUGACAGCAGUGGGGACCACCACAGCACUGUAGGUCUGGCCUGGGCUCUCCUCACAGCACUAUGAUGAUCAGAGUCUGGCUGAUGCGCUCCAGCACUGCUUUGGGCAGGUGUGAAACUGCAUCUGGUGGGCUCCUCUACUCUGCUGGACAAGAGCUUUUUCUGGAAGCUAAGGUCAAACAUCACCCACAGCUACAUCUGCAGCUCAGAUCUUGACGUUGCCUCGCCCACCUUGGGCAGUGCCAGUACUUCAGGAAGCGUCUCUGGAUCCUCUUGGUACCAAGGGACAAGUUGUUCUACAGCACCUGGGGAGCAGCCCUGGGCCCAUGAACUCGACGUUUGUUCUCAUCUUGCAAUCAGCUAAGAUUUUUUUUUAUGUUGUGUUUGUUAUACUCACCUCAGGAGGUCAACCUGCUGACCUUUGGCCUUCUAACCAAUGAAGCACAGAUUCAGGAUGGGUGGCAAAUGGCUGAGAGCAGCCCUGAGGAAAAGGACCUGAGGGUCUGGGUUGAUGAAAAGCUCAGCAGGAGCCUGCAGUGUGAGUGCAGCCCAGACAGCAACUGUGUGCUGGGCUGCAGCAAGAGCAGUGUGGCCAGCAGGGCAAGGGAGGGCAUUCUCCCCCUUUACUCUGCUCUGCCCCACCUGGAGUCCCGUGUGCAGUUCUGGAGCGCCCAGCACAAGAAGGACAUGGAACUGUUGGAGCCAGUGCAGAGGAGGCCAUGAAGAUGCUCAGAGAGCUACAGCAGCUCUGCUAUAAGGACAGGCUAAGAGAGUUGGGGCUCUGCAGCCUGGAGAAGUGAAGGCUUCCAGGAGACAUUGUAGCAGCCUUCCAGUGUCUGAAGGAGGCUACAGGGAGGCUGAAGAGAGACUAUUUAUAAGGUCUUGUAAUGACAGGACAAGGAGUAAUGGGUUUAAACUGGCAGAGGGGAGAUUCAAGCUAGAUAUUAGAAAAGGGUUCUUUACAGUGAGGGUGGGGAGACACUGGCACAGGUUGCCCAGGAAGGCUGUGGCUGCUCCCUCCCUGGAGAUGUUCGAGGCCAGGUUGGAUGAGGUCUUCAGUGACCUGUUCUAAUGGGAGGUGUCCCUGCCUAUGAGAGGGGGUUGGAACUGGAUGAGCUUUGAGGUCCCUUCCAACCUAAACUGUUCUAUGAUUCUAUGUUGCACAGUGGCCUCAGAGUUUCUUACUGCAAACAACCUCUCACCAUGAGCUUGCAUGGUAGGGAGGCUGCCCUGGGUUUGGAAUCUGUUGUGAAGCCUUCUCCCACAAACUGCUCAGCAGGAGCCGUGCUACAGCCAGGCCACUCACUGGCUGUAGCUAAGCACAACUGACCUCAGUGGGUGCCAGCUAUUCCAACAGGAUUGGAAUUAGGAAGCUUUGUUUGUAAGCAGCUUCUGCAGAGCAGCUGAGCUUGUGCCACCACAGCCCAGGAACCACUUGCUGCUGUCCCAUCUGACUCUGUGUCAGUGUUAGCAACCUGCUUGCUUCAAGAUGCUGUCAGGACUUAAUCCCAGGGGUUCAUGUUUGUGAGCAGGGCAGUGGAAGGAUGCAAGGGCAUGGGCAGAGCUCGUGUUAGACUGUUCCUACUUCUGCCACAGGCAGAAGUGUUCUGCUCUGGGAUUACACACUGUCCUAGCUCACCUCCAUGGGAGUCGUGGUACCUGCAGCGUGGCCUUCGGUGGCAUCCCAGCAUCUCCUCUGCCAGCAGCCUGUUUCACACACUGGUAGGGCACUUGAAGGGUAGGAAGAGCUGGCACUGCCUUGCAGUGGACAGGGAGGCCUCGGGCAGCCAAGCUCAGAGCUGUGCUAUGAGAAGCCCUUAGUGAAUGAAUGCUCCACCAGUGCCUCUUCUGCUUGGGGAGGGUUUUCCUUUGAUGGAGUUUGGCUUCUCAGAGGCAGAGAGGCUGGCUUUCUGCAGUGCCAUUCUCGGAGUGGGCAGGUCAGCCUCUUCUCCAGGCCAGACAAGCCAAGCUCCCUCGGCCUGUCUGAGAGAGGUGGGCCAAGGGCGUGGAAUAUUGCUGGGAACUUGCCGUCAGGCCCCUGAGCACUCCUUGGGGUGGAGAGGGCAGGGCAGGAUCCUGCUGCAGAGUAAUGCCAAGCCCCUGCCAGUUUCAGGGGGUGGGUUUGGUUGGUUUGUUGUAUUUUUAACUCCAGAACUGACUGCAUUUGAGAUUGAAGUCCCAGCCUUUGAGCCUUGCAGUGUAAACACUGACUCCUUAAUACUCCCAAACGUGCCAGCCAAGUUUCAAGUGUACUAACUGCUGCUACUGAGGCCUGCCAAGGAACCUGCCAAAACCUGUGCCCAGUAUUAGGUGAACAGUAAUAGCCAAGAGUGUGUUUGUGUGCCAGAAACUGACUGACCUUCAAGUCUGCUGAUGUGUUUUGUAUGUAGACUUUAAAUUGCUCUGGCAGUUUUCCCUGGUUAAGGAAACUGACUACAGAGCUCUGCCUUUUUAUGACCCUGACCACACUCACAAGCUGCAUGCUGGUCUUUUCUGUACAUACUGAGCCUGUAAAUAAAGUCCAGUUCAGUGGAA